CACCCGGGCGCAGCGGUGCCCACACUGGGGGCCGGGCGGUGGCGGGGGCGACUCCAUGCGGCACACGUGUGGCGACGCGAUCGCGGGACAGGUGAGCCGGCGUCAUGGGGCAGGCGGGCUGCAAGGGGCUCUACCAGUCGCUCUUAGACUACAAGACCGAGAAGUACGUCAUCGCCAAGAACAAGAAGGUGGGCCUGCUCUACCGGCUGCUGCAGGUCUCCAUCCUGACCUACCUGGUGGUUUGGGUGUUCCUGGUGAAGAAGUGUUACCAAGACACCGACUCGUCCCUGCAGAGCAGCAUCGUCACCAAAGUCAAGGGUGUGACCUUCACCAACACCUCAGAGCUUGGGGAGCGGCUCUGGGAUGUUGCCGACUAUGUCAUCCCACCCCAGGGAGAGAAUGUCUUCUUUGUAAUCACCAACCUGGUCGUGACCCCCAACCAGCGGCAGGAAACCUGUGCCGAGAGUGAGAGCAUUCCGGAUGCCUUGUGCUGUGAGGACAGCGACUGCCCUCCUGGGGAGCCGGUUGUGGCUGGAAAUGGAGUGAGGACCGGCCGCUGCCUGCGGGCGGGGAGCGAGCAAAAGGGCACCUGUGAGAUCUUCGCCUGGUGCCCGGUGGAGACAAAGUCCAGGCCCGCGAAGCCACUCCUGGGCGAAGCUGAAGACUUCACUGUUUACAUAAAGAACUUCAUUCGUUUCCCCAAAUUCAACUUCUCCAAGACAAAUGUGCUGGACACCACGGACAGAGCUUUCCUGAAGUCCUGUAAAUAUGGCCCCAAGGACCCCUACUGCCCCAUCUUCCGACUUGGGUCUGUGGUCAGCUGGACGGGGAGCAACUUCCAGGAGAUAGCCGUGCAGGGUGGUGUGAUAGGAAUUCAGAUUGAAUGGGACUGUGACCUUGAUAGAGCUCCCUCUGAAUGUUACCCUCGCUAUUAUUUUAACCGUCUGGACAACAGAUUUUCAGAAAACUCUCUCUCUUCUGGGUACAACUUCAGGUUUGCCAAGUAUUACCGAGACGCAGCUGGGGUGGAGUUCCGCACGCUGUUUAAAGCCUAUGGGAUCCGCUUUGAUGUGAUGGUGAACGGCAAGGCAGGGAAGUUCAACAUCAUCCCCACAAUCAUCAACGUGGGCUCAGGGGUGGCGCUUAUGGGUGUGGGGUCUUUCUUCUGCGACCUGGUACUCAUCUACUUCAUCAAAAAAAGCCACUUUUACCGAGACAAGAAAUAUGAGGAAGUGAGGGACCUAGAGGUCCUCGCCCAAAUGGCAGAGUCCUCGCAGCAGAGCGUGGCCCCAGACGCGGCGGGGCUGGCGGAGCAGCCAGAGGUGCAGGAUGGAGGCGGCGCCCAGAAGGAGAAUGGCUGUGUGUGCAGGCAGCUCCUCCAGCCCGCCAGGCCUGGCCGCCAGGGGAAUGGAAAGGUGAAUGUGGAGCAGCUGCAGAACCUGCAGACCGUGGAGGCAUAGCCAGAGCUGUCGGCUGACAGCAGAUUUGGUGAAGAUUUGAGGGCAGAACUGCCCACAGCUCUGAACUGGGAAGAGUCAUCGUCAUCCCCAUGGGACGGGGCUUCCAGGCACAGCCAUCUCUCCUGCGCUCUGGGAUCCUGCUACAAGCUUUUUGUUGUGUGUGUGGGGAGGGGAGCCUCCCAGUGGCCACAGUGGCUCAUGCAGAAGAGGCCCUGGGGAGGGGAGGGGUGGAGGGCAGGCCAGGGGCCUAAAGUGUUUUCAUUUUUCCCAAGAACUUAGUAGGGCAUUCAGUUAUUCAUUCAUUCACACAGCAAACACUGAUGCCUGCUGUGGGCUGGGCCCUGUCCAAAAGAUGCUUGAAUGAGACACUGACCUGACCCCCAGGGAGGGGAGCACGCAUGUAAUUCCCUUCAGAGCCGACAGACAUGACAGCUGGGCCCAGCACUCCGGCCUUCCUCCAGCCUCUAGCUGAGACCUGCACAAAUCCCUAGAGCGAAUGAUGGCUCCUCAGAGAAAGAUCUUGGCCAACACCCAAGGGGACAUUUGGCCUUGCCCCCAGGGGUGAAAUUUAAAGGUGGCCAAGGAGGCAACUGGGAAAGGACUGGACCUGUGAGGAGGCAGCUGGCCAUGAGGAAGGAGAGCCUCGGGAAGCUCAGGGGAUAGCGUCUCACCCAGAUGGGAGACGCAUCUGCCUGUGUGGUUUGGCUCUUGCUGUUCUGUGGGGCUUGCAGUGUCCUUGCUCGGCUUCCCUCCGUCUCCUCUAAGGCUCCACCUGAAGGGCUAAUGAGAUGACGAAUGGCGCUCAAUCGUCUAGUGGAAACAGUUGUUACUAGGUUGGCCCUCAACCCCCUCCCUCAGUGGCUGUAAAGCACUGCUACUCAAAGUGUGGUCCGUGGACCAGCAGCAUCUGCAUCAUGUGGGAGCUUGUUAGAAAUGCAGUCUCAGGCCCCUCCCUCAUCCCCCUAAAUCAGAACCUGCAUUUCAACAAGACUCCCAGGUGAUUCAUGUGCACGUGAAAGGUUGAGAAGCAGUGCUUGAGGAGAUAUACAAAGCCUGGUUCUGAAAAGGUCAGCUUUGGUGAGUGGCGUCAAUUUCCAGGUCAGACUUACUGCAAGCUACCUUGAGACCAAGCAGAUUCCCCCCUUCCCUCCCUCGGGAAAGUGGCAUUAUGCUCAAUUCAUUCAAAUUAAAAUAUUUUGACUAGGUCAUACUUAAAUGACUCAAAAUUUAAGAGGUACAAAAGAAAAGAAGUGAAAAGCUUCCCUCCCACCCGUUCCCUGAGGCAACCUGUGUUACCAAUUCCAAGAGGCUCACCUGUCUUGCUGAGAAUCCACUGGGUUACUCACGCCUUCCCUCAGGAAAUGAACUUUUCCUGCCGCCUGCAGUCAGACCAAGUCUCCUCUGUCAGAUGCGAGAGAAUAUACUGGGCUGGGGAGCCGGCUGGCUCGCUUCUCCCUCUGCACUGGCGGAGGAGCCCCAGCGUAAACGCAAGGGGAGGGAUCUAGAACUCAAUCACGGUUGUUGAAACCACCUGGCAGCCAAGGCCUGCAGUGCUGCCCGUCACCCAGCAAGCCUGGGUGCUGUGUGAGCAUCUGCCCUGACUCUAGCGGGGAGUAAACAUCCUUCCACUGGGGCCUUUGGACAAGAGGGUUGGAGGGGCGGAAAGGUCUCUGGCGAGGCCGGCCUCUGGGGCACGGGCGUGGUCCCCAGAACAGGACCCCUUCUAGAUCAAGCAGCUCCUCCCCUGGGCUGCUAGGUGACCUGUCAGCAAGCCCAACCUGCUGUCUGAAGAGAAAGUGAAAAAUCCAGGUGAUUUGCUGUGGUGUUUCACUUCCUCUCUAAGGCUAACCCUUGGAUCUGAUAACACAGCAUGUUACUUAUAUGUUUGGGAGUAAACAGGGCAGGGGUCACGGCCGCUUAGAAGUUGGUCUGGUUUCUUUUAACCUGUUUUUGGAAUCGCUUGGCAGCAGCCACAACACUUGGGGACAGCUGUGCUGUUUUAUAUUGUAAUGGAAAUGUCUCCCUUCAGUUAUUCCUUCAGUCAGUAAAUAUUUAUUGAGUA